AUGGAUGCUAGCAAAGAGAAACCUUCCAUCGAGAACAUUGAGUUCGAAGGUGGCAAAGACAUCAACAACAACAUUCAGCAGGCAAAUGGAGACAUCGUCCUUCUUUCUGGAUCAGAUGAAAUCCGAAAGAUCCCUGUUCCGACAGAUGAUCCCAACGAUCCUUUGAACUUCAGCACCUUGAGAAAAUGGGGAAUUGUCGUCACCUGCUGCUGGUUCUCCAUUUUCUCACUCAUUGCAGUAUCCGGAACUGGAGCUUUUAUGGCCACUCUCUAUGGAAUGUACAUUCCUCAAGGCCAUACUCCAGAAGAGGUCACUGGACUCAGCACUUACUCCACCAUGGUUAUGGCCUUUGGUUGUCUUGGAUUACUACCACUGGCGUUUAUUUUCGGUCGUAGGCCAGUCUUUCUGUUCGCAGUUUUGUUGUGCUUUGUCACAAACAUCACUGCUGCUACAGCCAAGGAUUUCAACGCCCAUCUCAUUAGCCGAAUUUUCCUCGGCAUUGGUACAGGCGCCACCGAGUCGCUGCUUCCCUUGAUCCUCUCAGAUGUCACAUUCCUCCAUGAGCGGAGCUUCUACUUUGGCCUGUACUGGUCUGUCCAGAACUGUGUCAAUGCAGGACUCCAGAUUUCCAAUUCGUACUUGGUGGCUGCUUCUUUGUGGCGCAUGUUCUAUUGGUUCUUUGCAGUGACACUGGGUCUGUCCACACUUCUCGUUGUCUUCUUGGCUCCUGAGACGAAAUUUCAGCGUUCACCAACUUUGUUGAACGGCCAGGUCAUCUACACGGACGAGUUUGGUACCACACGUAUCGUGACUGAUCCUAUUGCUAUUGCCCAGUACGGUGAGCUCGAGCGAAUUGAGACUCGUAAAAUAGUGAAGAAAUCUUUCAUGCAAGAGCUGAAACCGUGGAGCGAUGUCACGACGAAUGGCUUCUCAGUGUGGUUGAACGCCUAUAUCAAAAUAGGCAAGGCAGCCACAGCACCUGGCAUUAUCUAUUCGCUGCUGGUGUCCUCUAUCUCCCUCGGCGUGGCCAUUGGUAUCACACUUGUGUACAGUUCUGUUCUGGAGCAGGGUUACGGCUGGAACGCCAAAUCCGUUGGACUUUUCAAUCUUACUCGCCGCAACAGUAGUGUUCAUAAGCCAGAGCAUCAUCUGGUCCAUCUCAUCAUCCCAACACUGACUGGCAUCAUUGGAAUUGUCGCUAUCGCAAUUGGCGCACAGUGGCCCGAGAGGUAUAGUGCAUGGGGAAUGGUAAUUGGCUGGGCCAUCUAUGAAUUCUCAUUCACCUGCAUUCUCAUCACAACGACCACCUUCGCCGCUGAGGUCAUUCCCGAAAAUCCUGGUGCGGGAGUCGUGGUUGUGGUUGGUGGAAAGAAUCUGGUGAGCUUCGGAGCCGCCUAUGGCAUCGUGCCAAUGACGCAUGUAUUCUCCUACAUAAAGACUUUUAUGAUACUUAUGGGGAUUUUCAUUAGCAUCUGUCUCCUUGGAAUCCCCGUAUACUUCCUUAAUAGUAAGUGGAGGAAGAUUACAGGCAAGGAGCCUGUGGCUGAGCAACAUAACUGA